AUGAGUGAUUCAGAAACAGAUUCAAAUAUUGAAGAUGAUUAUCAUAAUUUAGAAGAAUUUGAAGAUUUUAUUGAAUUUAGUGAUGAAGAGAGACCUAUUGUAAUAGAUGAAAAACAAUUAUCAGAAAUAAACUCACAUAAAAAUAAUCCAACCGUCAUAAAUGUUGAUGAUGAGGAAGAAGAAGAAGAACCUGAAGAAGAUAAAAUUAGAACUUUAACUACAACUUUAAAACCAAAUGAAACUCAAGCUCAAAAAUUAUUAAAAGCUCAUAUAUCUGUUUUAAUUUCAGCUUUAGGUGGUAUAGAUUAUGCAUCAGAUAUAAAACCAUCCCCAUAUAAAUUAGGACAUGAUGCUUUAGCAUGUUUAAAAGAUAUUAAAAGAUGGAUAAAAGCAGUUGAUGAAAAACAAAAUAAUUAUGAAGUUGCAUUAGCUUGUGCAGAAUGUGGUUUAAUACAAAAUGAUUUAAUAAUAAUAUUAAGUCAAUGGGAAUCAAAAAUGCAAAAAAAACGACCUAUCAAGAAUAAAAUGUCAAUGGAAAAAAUUAUGUUAUCAUGUUUAGAAAUUUUGGUAUUAUUAACAUGGCCAAUUGAAUUUAGUAAUAAUUUAUCAGAUAAUCAAAAAUUAUUAUAUACAAAUAUUAAAAAAAAUCAUGUAAUAUAUAAAAAACAUAUUUUAAAUUAUAAUGAUGGUCAAACUUUAAAAGCUAUUAUUAGAUUAGUUUUACCAGUUAUUGCAAAAUCUAAAAUUGAUAGAGAACCAAGAGAUAAUCAAAUAUUAAGGUUAGUAUUAUAUCUUAUACGGAAUCUACUAGCAAUAGAACCUCCUACAUCAUCAGUAUCUUCAAAAUCUUCUCAUAAAUCAAUGGUUGCAACUGCUGAUUUACCAGCUGGUGUAACACAAGAUGAUAUAUCAAUAAAUAAAAUUUUAAGAAUUUUUAAAAAAAAUAAAGUGUUAAUGCUACUACUAACGAUAUCUGGUUCCAUAGGAACAGAAUUUGAUAAAGAUUUAUUUGGAGAAAUUUGUCUUGAAUGUAUAUAUUUAAUGGUUAAAGGUUUAAAUUCAAAAGAUGUAUUACAAAAACCUCCACAAGAUGAAAAUAUUGUAAGUGCUUCAGCUCCAAUAGCUCCAAUAUCAACUACCGUGGGGUUACAAUUAUCAGAUAUGUUAGCUACUGAAGCUAAAAAGAAACAAGCACAUACUUCAAAUAUUGCAACAAGACAUGGAAAAUUUGGUACUUUAUUAUCAAUUCGAUCUUCAGAUUCAAAUUCAUAUGUUGUAUCAGGAGAAGAAGCAUUAAUUGGUACAGAUGGAACUAUGGACAAAUUAGAUAAAUCAAAAACAUGGCAAAAUAAAUCUCAUUUUAAAUAUGAUUCAGAUGAUUUUAUAAAAACAACUACUCCUGUUUAUUUAAAUAAUGAAGGUAGAAUUUUAUUAAAUAAAUUUAUUGAAGAAUUUUUAUUAGAAGGAUGUUUUAAUAAUUUAAUUGAAAUAAUGGCAUCUAAAUUAACAAGUCAAUCAGAAUAUUCACAAACUGAUGAAUUAUCAAAUGCAAGUUAUUUUUUCACUAUUUCAUGGUUUUUAAAUUAUCAACGUGAACAUAUAAAUUUAAAUGGUUCAAAAAAUUAUGAUUUUGGUUCUGUUAGAGCUGCAUUAAGUGAAAUUAAUUUUAUAUUAAUAGUAUCAUAUUUUAGAGAUUCUUUUACAAAUAAAUUAUGGAAUUCAUUACAUGUUGCAAUGAUUUGUUUUAAAGAAUUAUUACAAAUUUCAAAUUCAAUUUUUGGUAAACAAAAAUUACAACAAAAUGAAUAUGAUGACGAUAAUGAAGUAAUAAUUCAACAUGAAAUAGAUAGAGAAUUAGCUGAAGGUAUAAUUAGAAAAUUAUUUUCAUUUAAUGAUUUUUUAAAUAUUUUAGUUCAAAUUCCUCAAAUUGCAUUUAAACAUUCCCCUAAAUUUCUUGGUGAAUCAAUAAAAGUUAUAACCAUUAUUUUAAAAUCAUUUGAAUCAUUUGCAAAAGAAGAUUUACAAUUAUAUGUACAAACUAAAAGAAGACAAAAAAGACAAAAUAAAUCAAGAAUUAAUGAUUUAGAUAGGGAUAAUGAAAAUAAAUUAUCAAAUGCCAUUUAUGAAUCAGAUGAAGAAUUAGUUAAAGAAAAUAUAAAAGAAGUAACAAGAGAAAGAAAAUUAAAUUUUGCAAAAACUGAAAUUAGAUUUUUUAAUCAAUCAAUUGUAACAUCAUAUAUUGAAUAUUUAUCAAGAUAUCAAGAUUUAACUCAUGAAGAUAUUAAAAUUUGUAUAAGUUAUUUUCAUAAAUUAUUUGUUAUAAAAAAGGAUUAUAAUGGAUUAUUUAGAUUAGAUUUUUUACAAUUAUUAUCAAAAUUAAAAAAUCAUUUACCAAGAGGUUCAUCAAUUAGAAAUAAAAUUGAAGAAUUUAUUUAUUAUUUUAUGAAAAAAUUUAAAAUUGCCCUUACAAGAUUUCCUAAUAUUAUCGAAAUUUUAUUUCCAAGAAUUGAAGAAAGUUCAACUAAAUGUUAUUUAUCAACUGGUGAAUUAUAUGAACUUGAUUAUCUUAAUGAUAAAUAUAAGAUUAAAGAUAAAAAUGGUGAUUAUGUUCGUUUGAAUGGAUUUGGUAAUGAUGAUGAAGAAUAUCGGGGAAAUGAUGAUGAUGAUGAUGAUUCAGAAAAUGAAAUUGCAUUUGAAAUUGCUGCAAAUCCAAAUUCAAAUAAUAAAAAUGGUACUGAACUUGAUGAAUUGGAUGAAAUAGAACAACAAUUAGAAUUACAUAAUAAGUCAGAUCGACCUAGAAGAAAUAUAGAACCAGGAAAAGCUCAAAAAAGAAAAUCAAAAACCAUACCAAAGACCAAUAAUAAAACCAAAACUAAAGCUAAAGCUCCUUCAACUCAAAUUAGAAGAAGAAAAGUACCAAAAGAUUUAAUAGAAGAUGACGAUAAUAAUUCAUCAAAUCAUCAAAUAAAAUCAUCAGAAUUUAUAAAUGAAUCAGAUGAUAAUUCAGAUGAUGAAGAAUUUUUUCAAAGAGAAGAAAUAUUAAGAAAUUUAUUAAAUUCAAAUCAAAAUAUAUCAAAUGAUUUAAAAUUAAAAGAAAUUAAAAAAAUGUGGGAUAAUUUAGCGAAAAAUUCAGGUAAUAAUUUAAAUGUUUCUAAAGUUAUUGAUAAGGUUGUUGAAGAAGUUUCUUUAUUUGUACCUGAAGAUGAAGAUGAUGAAGAAUAUGAUUAUGAUAAAAAUAAAGAUAAAGAUGAAGAAGUAACAAAGAGUGAUGAUGAAGUUAGUCAAGAUGAAAUAGAUACAACAAAGAAUGAUAUUGAUAAUUAUGAUAAUAGUGAAAAAGAUAAAGAAUCUGAUAAUAAUUCAGUUGAUUCUGAUUUAGAAGAUAAAGAAUUAUCACAAAAUUCAUCUAAUACAUCAGCUAUUGAAUCAGAUACAAUUUUAAAAAGAUCGAGAAUAACGGAUGAAGAUGAAGAUGAAAAAAUACCACAACAACGAGAUUUACCUUCAAGAAAAAGAAGAGCAAUCAUACUUGAUGAUGAAGAUGAAUAG